AGCGCGAGAGCUGGCUGGCUGGCUGCUAUUUGUUUGUUGUUUUACGUGGUUUCAGUUUUGCGCAACAACCGUGUCAAAGGUUUUUUUUUGCACACGAUGAGCGAACAACGGCGACGCGUUUUGGAUCUUUACAAGCGGCUGCAGUACAUGGGCCGCGAGUAUCCGGGUGGGCCGGAAAAGUUCCGCCAGCGGUGCUACAACGCGUUCAAGCGGCAGAGCACCGAAACCGAUCCGGAAAAGAUCGAGAAAGCGAUCGGGCUGGGCGAGUACGUGGUGAAGGAGAUAGAGGCACUGUACAGUCUGCGGAAGUAUCGAGCGAUGAAGCGACGAUAUUACGACGAGAAGUGAGGGCAGACGGUACACCAUACGCUUGGAGAUGGUGCCGCCGUCACCGCUGAUGUUGCUGCUGUUGAUAACAAAUUGAGAGAUUAUUGGUAUGACCUUAGAAUGCCAGGGUCCGAGGUUUGGGCGGCAGCAAUUUUUGCGAAGGUGGAAGCUUGACCGUAGUCCUUACAACAGGAGGCGAUGUAAAUAGUCGUUAGUGGGGUACAAUAACGCAACAAACGAGUUUACGAGAAAAGUUUAUGGUUCCCUUUUUUCUACCGCAGUAACUAACUCAGUUUUUGUAGAAAAUUUAGAAGCAAACUACAAAUAAAAACAACAAAAUGUAACUUUCCUAUCUAAA